AGCUGUCAAAAGCAUGUGGGCGUAACAAACGCCCGAUUUUUUCACAGAAACUGUGCAAAGAUUUAUUUUUAAAUGUAAGAAAUGGCGUCUUUUACAUGGUUUUUAUUAACUUCGUCCGUUGUGAUAAUUUGGUUGCUCAAUUUUUCCACAGCCGAAGUAAAGCAUAUAGAAGCGAAUCCAGAUGCCAAAAGGCUUUACGAUGAUCUUCUCAGCAAUUAUAAUCGACUGAUUCGGCCAGUCAUCAACCAUACUGAAACUUUAACAGUAUGGUUAAGUAUUAAGCUCUCACAGCUUAUAGAAAUGAACCUUAAGAAUCAAGUUAUGACAACAAAUUUAUGGGUGGUUCAGAAAUGGGUUGACUAUAAACUCCGUUGGGACCCUGAAGAAUAUGGAGGUGUGGAAGAGCUUUACGUACCUUCUGAGCACAUUUGGCUUCCUGAUAUAGUAUUAUAUAAUAAUGCUGAUGGAAACUACGAAGUAACACUGAUGACGAAGGCUACCCUGAAAUAUACCGGAGAAGUUAUGUGGAAACCUCCCUCUAUUUAUAAAUCAUCAUGUGAAAUAAAUGUCCAAUACUUUCCUUUCGAUGAACAAAGUUGCUUAAUGAGAUUUGCUUCCUGGACCUAUAACGGCUUACAGGUGGAUCUUCGGCAUAUGGAUCAACAGCCAGGAAGUAACAUUGUUAAAGUAGGAAUUGAUUUAUCGGAAUUUUACUUGUCUGUUGAGUGGGAUAUUCUUGCGGUGCCUGCCACAAGAAAUGAGGAAUAUUAUCCCGAUCAUAAAGAGCCUUAUUCAGAUAUUACUUUUAAAAUUACAAUGAGAAGAAAAACAUUGUUUUAUACUGUAAAUCUGAUCAUUCCUUGUGUAGGAAUUACUUUCUUGACUGUUCUAGUCUUUUAUUUGCCUUCCGACUCGGGCGAAAAAGUAACGUUAUGUGUCUCAAUUCUUCUCUCUCUUACUGUAUUCUUUUUACUAUUAGCGGAAAUUAUUCCGCCCACAUCGUUAGCUGUACCACUCCUAGGAAAGUAUUUGUUAUUUACCAUGAUACUUGUGACUUCAUCUAUAUGGGUGACCGUUUGUGUUUUAAACGUGCAUUUUAGGUCACCAUCUACCCACAAAAUGUCACCAUUAUUUAGAAAAAUAUUCCUUAACUUUAUGCCCAAAAUAUUAAUAAUGCGAAGAACUACUUAUACUAUACCCGAGUACGAUGAUAAUGCCCCUCCUAGAGGCUAUACCACGGCGGACAUAGAUAUGCACCAACAACACAUGGGAGAACCAUUUACUUCGGAUUUCAAAAUCACUACAAGAGAACCCAGUUUUAUCCUACCAAAUUCAGACGACGACGCAAAUAAAAUGAAGGCUCAUUCUUCAAUGGGCGACUCGUCUACAAGUAUGACUCAAAAAAGCCUAUCGCCAAACGUUUUAGCUGCCUUGGAAGGCGUACGAUUUAUAGCCCAACACAUUCGUGACGCUGAUAAGGAUAAUGAGAUUAUUGAAGAUUGGAAAUUUGUCUCUAUGGUACUUGAUCGAUUUUUCCUUUGGGUGUUUACAAUAGCCUGUUUUGGUGGUACCGCUGGGAUUAUCUGCCAAGCGCCAUCCCUUUACGAUACCAGAAUACCAGUUGAUCAAAAGUACACCGAAAUACCUUUAAACAAAAUUUUCCAGGAUCAGUUAGCACCGGGAAUUAUUCCGCUAUAAGAUUUCUCUAGAAGAAUAAAAAACGAAAAGCCAUUAGGAUACUAUCAUCGAAGAAAUACACAAUUAUUACAUGGUAAAUUGGAUGCCUUUUGAUCUAGAAACCUUUACGUAAAGUAGAAUCAACUAUAUUACCUUACAUAGGAUAUUGGUAUUCUAGUAUAUGUUAAGUACAAAUAUAAGUUGUUUGACUUAACAAAAGAGUGCUGUAUAGCACACUUUCUCGUAUACAUUUUAUUAACUUAUGAGUUUUUCGGCAAACUUCAGCCCAAUUAGAUAAAAAUGUACACAAUCUUUAUAAAACAAAUAAAGUAUAUACACGAACUAUUAAUUAUAAGUUAAGUUUUUAUAAA